UAUGAACUUAACAAAAAUCAUUUUAAUACUACAACUUUAUACCAUAACUUACUGUGCAAAUGACACUAUAAAUAAAAUAAAAUAUAACAAUAAUGUACGACCAAGAUGUAUAGAUUUUAGCAAACCAAGUUUUUUUGAGAGAACAGUGAAGAAUUUUGGAAACAAUAGUGAUAGAAUGAAACCACUGAAUGUAACUAAGUGUUCUACGAAAAAAAGUAGUGAAUAUGUUCAAAGGCAUAUACUGAAUGGAUUGAUCGUUCAUCCUAAUUUACCUGAUUGGCAUUGGCACCAGUAUAAGUCGGUCCAUAAAAAGGCGUAUGCGACACCUCAUCAUGAAUUAGAGGCUCUAACGAAAUGGCGUGACAAUCUAUACUUAGUAGCUCAACACAACCGUGACUUUUCACUGGGAAAACAGUCAUAUUCUCUACAUCUUAACUUAUUUGGAGAUCUGGAUGUAAAGGAGUAUUUCGACAAAUUCUUGAAGUUAUUUCGCACGAUCCCGCUCUUCGAUCCUGCAGAAGACAGGCACAAGACUGCAUACCGCAACAGUUUGCAUAAUGCUGUACCUAAAUCCUUUGAUUGGCGAAGUAAAGGCUUCAAACCUAAAUUGGAACAGCAACAUGAGUGCGGCGCAUGCUACGCAUUUGCUGUUGCCCACGCGUUGCAAGCCCAGCUCUAUAGGCGGCACGGGUUUUGGGGAGAACUUAGUCCUCAGCAGAUAAUAGACUGUAGCUCCAAGGAUGGUAACGCUGGUUGUGACGGGGGCUCCCUGCGCGGUGCGCUCCGGUAUGCCGCUAGAGAGGGUCUGAUCACAGAGUCACAAUACCCGUAUGUUGGGAAGGACAGUACGUGUAAAUACAAUAAGUUCCUCGUAAGAGUCCGUGCUCGGAGAUGGGCGACACUACCCUAUGGAGAUGAGGAGGCGGUGGAACGCGCCCUGGCUACUGUCGGACCUCUAGCCGUGGCUGUCAACGCUGCACCGUUUACCUUCCAACUUUACAGGAGCGGCAUCUACGAUGACCUAUUCUGCACAUCUUGGCAACUAAACCAUGCGAUGUUACUAGUGGGGUAUACACCGGAGUAUUGGAUUCUUCUCAACUGGUGGGGCAAGAACUGGGGAGAGAACGGAUAUAUGAGGAUCCGAAGAGGUUUGAACAGGUGUGGUGUCGCAAACUUGGCGACUUAUGUGGAGUUAUGAAGAUGAAGAAAUAAAAAAGAAAUGAAUUAAAUACAAGUAAACCAUAUUUUAGUCUUUUUGCUAUCCACUCGCAGUAAAAUUCAACGCUUAAAGUCAAAAUCCAAACGAAACCCAUUCAUUAUUCCGAAUAAUAAUUUUUAACUAACAACCGAAACAGAAUUUGAACGUAAACUGAAUUUUAACUAAAAAUAAACUAUUUUGUGAGUUCGUACUGAAUAAGGCUAAUUCAGCUGGUCGUUGGC